AAGAAAGAAAAGAAGACUGUUUGUUAGUUGUGGCGCCUGAGCGCACUGGCCUACAAACAGUCAAGCAGGGAUGGCCCCAUCACUGAAAACGUGCUUACCAACAUACUUAGGGCUGUAACACCAGACAGGGAGACUGCUCGUGUCCAAGCUGUGAGUGCAUCUCACUCCUGGGACUUCAUCUAAACAGUUCCCAUUUCGGCAAUGGGAACACGCCUUGACCCAACGACCCUCUGUAUUGCAGUGGCUUUGCACCUUGCUGGCCCAAUUCACACGGAAUAUAUGUGUAUUUGCGGCGAUGUGCAAGCCAACCAAUAUGGUCUACAAGGUCUUGACUGUUCCAAAACCAAGGGCUGGCAUGCAAGACACAAUGAAGUCAAUGAUAUCACAGAGAGAACCCUUGCUACAGCUGCAUGCCCAGCCGAGAGAGAGAGAGAGAGCCCCAAUCACUAGCAGCCAACAGUACCCACAACCCAGCAAACUGCCCCGACAGGAUCACCAUCAGUCCUUGAAAGAAUGGCAAGCUCUUAGCAUGGAAAUAUACCUGUGUACCGACACUGGCUGACAACUACAUCUGUCAGUGCUGGGCAGCAGGGAGGAGCUGCUGAUCACAGGGAGGAGUACAAGAUCGGCAAGAUGUGGAAAGUGACAUACACAAGUGUUGCACCAUUUGCUUCCUUGGGAUGGCUCUAUCUUGUCCAGGGAAUUCCUUAUGGUCUUCAAGACAAAUUCAUUCCAAUUCAGCUUCGCUCAAAUGGAUUAGAUUAUUCAAGUACAGCUGACGGUGGUGCAGCAGCAGCUGACGGUGGUGCAGCAACAGCUGACAGUGGUGCAGCAACAGCUGACAGUGGUGCAGCAUCAGCUGACAGUGGUGCAGCAACAGCUGACAGUGGUGCAGCAACAGCUGACGGUGGUGCAGCAGCAGCUGACAGUGGUGCAGUAGCAGCUGAUGGUGGUACAGCAUCAGCUGAUGGUGGUGCAACAGCAGCAGCUGACCACGGUACAGCAGCAGCUGACGGUGGUGCAGCAGCAGCUGACAGUGGUGCAACAGCAGCUGACGGUGGUGCAGCAGCAGCUGACGGUGCAGCGAUCUCUGUUUUCGUUUCAUUGCUAAAAGUGCUAUUGGUACCUUGGAUUGCUAAAGGAUUAUGGGCUCCCAUAGUGGAGGUGUGGGGUGGGCGGCAUCGCUGGUUGGUAUACUCUCUUCUUGGCCUUGCACUGUCUUCUUAUGCAGGUUCAUAUAUGGCCCCAGAUGACGUGGUGGGUAUAGGGUGCGUGUUGCUGUCCUUAAAUGUGUUCUCGGCAGUGCAAGAUGUAGCUGUUGAUGGAUUAGCUCUUCACAUUCUUCCUAAUAAUCAGCUUGGACUUGGAAACACUUUACAGGUGGUUCUCUACAAAGUGGGUUGCCUUGUGGGUGGUGCUGGACUCACCCAUCUGUUGGCUGUUACAAACUGGCCUGUAACCUUCACCAUCUUAGCCUUUUUAUAUUUCAUUACUGCUGCUUUGUCUUACAGUCUCCGCAAUAAAAACUUCCUAAUAGAGCCCUGCUGUGAACCAGAUACACAAAUAGAUAGAUAUAUUGCUGGCACAUUUUCAAAAAAUGACACACUUCAUCACACCAAAGAAGUUACUUGUCAAGGUCCCAUUUGUAACGUGUCUCAGCAGAUCCAAGGUUAUUCACUAGUAAAGCAAGUAUUUUCUAUUUUAAAGGAAAUUAUUGAGACUACAGGGACACUUUGGUUAAGUGCUUAUGUUUUGCUAUAUAAAAUGGGUGAGAGAGGGGCUAUUAAUAAUAUGCCAUUGUUUUUACUAGAUAAGGGUUUAUCCAAACAAAGUUUAGCCUUUUGGAAUGGAACAGUUUGUCAGGGGCUUUCAAUAUUAGGGUCAUUUUAUGGGGGAAUUAUUUUAACAAAACCAAAUGUUAAUAUUAAGACUGUAUUAAUAAAGCAUUCCAAUUAUAGAUUAGCUGCUAUAAUAAUACAGUAUUUUGUGAUAGUAUUGUUAAAUAAUUUUGAGGUUUUUGGAAAUGAAAACAUAUGGAUUUUCCAUGUCAUAGGCAUUGCAUCUCUGUGUUCACUGAGUUACAGCAGUGGAAUAAUAUCAACAGCAUCAUUCACACUUAUGAUGAGAGUAAGCAGAGAGUGUACCACAGAGACACAAGCUAGUCACUACAGUGUACUGGCAUCUGUAGAGAUUGCUGGCAAACUACUGUUUGCAACAGCUGCAGGUUUCAUUAUUGAUUCUGUUGGAAUGUCAUGGACAUUUACAUUAUUUAUAAUAUUAUGUACAUUCCCAGUGUUAGUAUUAACAGCAAUGCCUGACCAUCUAUGUCAUUUAAAAGAGGAAUAAAAAUUAAGCAUUUUCCAGUUUAAUAAACUUGUUGAACUAGGCAUAAGAAUUAACAACUUGGCAUCUACACUGCAAACUGAAUUGUUUGCAAUCCUAAUGGUACUAAAGCUUACUUAUGACAUUGAGCUUGACUCUAUCAUCAUUACUGAUUCUAUGUCAUCACUGAAUGCUCUUGACUCAUAUAAUGACUCCAACAACAUGCUCAUUGGAGAAGCCAGGUAUAGAUACUCAGGGACAAAGGAAUUAAUGUACAAUUGCUAUGGAUCCCAUCACACACUGGAUUACUGUUUCAUAAAAAAGUUGAUAUAUUAACCAAGAAGAGUUCCCAGGAGAAUGUAGAAUAUAGCCUUGGUAUAUCUGUGUCUAGCAUUAGGAAUAAUAUUAGGAGAGAAAUAAAUAAUGAAAAUGGUUGUUAUAGGAAUGAAGUUAGAAGCCUGAGUAGAUCUAUAACCCACUAUGAUGACAUGAAUGUAGAUAAGCAUGUUUAUGGAGCAACUUGCAAUGUGAACAGACAGACUGAUGUUGUAAUGGCCAGGCUUAGGGUUGGUUACAAGUACUUCUGGCAGUUUGGGGGAGACAGAUAAUGAUCAAACUAAAUGCAAAUUAUGUGAUCAGGCAUAUGGUCACUGUCUUGAACACUAUGUGCUUAAUUGUCCACUUAUUGAGGAAUACAGAGACAGACAGUAUAAUAACCUAUGUGACAUGUCAAGAUAUCUUAUUAAUGAAAAUAAGAUACCAGAUAUACUAAGCAAAUUUCCUAAAUUUGCUUGUAACAGAUAAGUGAACUGUAGAUAUGUAGAUAUAAACCCAUAUGUACACCUGUUAACCCUUUUGGGGCCUAGUUCCUAGGCCUUUAGUGUAUCCAUAUGCCUUUGCGCUACCGUCCACAGGAUGGAUAUGGGGUGCACAAUAAACUAGCCAC